UGAAGCCUCCUUUCUAUGGUCUGAUUCAUCCAAUAUAGUCGGCCCCCAACGCUUCCUUUUCGUCGUGGUGUUUGACGUCCUGCGCUGACGCGGCCGUCGCGUACUCGCCGGGUACCAGUUCCAGGAGGACCAGGACACGUUGAGGACGUGGAAGACAUAUAUACAUGUACCGCCCAGCGCCAGCAAAACGCAUUUUGAUCCCACUAGGAUAUUCACCAUUCCAACCCAUCUCAUAGCCGUUCACCCCCACUUUUGGACAGACCGACCAUGUGCGAGAACGACGUCAACAAGAGUCUGCGAUGCAUUCUGCUCGCGCUCUAUGUCCCGACCCUCACGCUGUGUAUUGUACACAGUGUCAUUUGGGUCGACUGUCCUCUGCCGGCCGUGGGCAUCAUCCCCGCGACAUUCUCUUUCAUCUCGUCAGCGGUCCUCCUCCUUCACGGGCGGAAACGCCGCAGUGGUGAGGGCGCCAUCGCACUGCCACUGGGGGGCAACCUCUUUGCCCAAAAGGCCAAAGUGAACCCUUUGUUCCUCUUCCUCACCGACGCCACGAUUGGCGUGCUGACCAUCUUGAUCCUAUGCUUGACAUGGGCGCUCUAUCCUUGGCACACUUGGGAUGAUGAACCUGCGAGAGGUGCUGUGGCUGCCUACGCUACACAGCCUUUGAUUGCGACCUUCCUCAUCCACACCUGGCUCGCCGGCAAGAGCUUCAUCACCGUCGUCAAUACGAUCGGCGGCCUGUGGGCCAAACCAGUGUCUGCUGUCUGCCCUCACUGUCGGGACCAUUACACUGCGACUCCGCCCGAGCAGCUCAUGCAGCAGCAGAGGGGCGUCAGCGCCACGGCUGGCGAUGCAGAGGCACAGCCGUUGUAUCGCGAUGCCAGCUUCGACGCUGACGCGGCAAUCCGCCCUGACGCCAACGAGACAGACAGCCCCAAGUCCUAAAGGAACUGUAAAGACGACUGGAUUGGCGGGAUGAAUAGUUGAGCUCAGUGACAGGCAGUGUGGCAGACGAAUAGGCGUGAGGGGCAGGCUUUGAGACUUGGUAUGAUGCGCUCUGGUUGAGUCUGUAGAUCUAUGCGUACAGACGAAAGUUCAAGAUGUUAAAUCUAGGCGACCAUGUCGCAACUUGCCGUGCAGGCUACAAUCCAGACAUACACGCAGGGGUCUGAUACCUGACAAAUACUU